CAGUUUCAGUUGAACUUUCGGUCGGUAAACGCUACGGCAACGAACGCUUAUGUGGUGCCCGCGGCGCGAAAUUAGCUGCCCGUAAAAGCUUCAGUGGCUUGUUUUUCAAUAAUGACUUUAAAAUAUUGUUGAAAGUUAUUGAUGAAUCGAAACCCUGACGGAAGUUUAUUCUCCGUGAAACGGUGCGUAAAGCUACCUGACAUUUGUAGCAGUGACAUACCAAAGGCUCUGGAAAGUCAUCAAGAGCUCUUGAAGAUGAAUCAGUGAAGUGAAAAAUACCUCAACGAUCUCUAUACACGUGCUACAGGUGUAUUUCGUAUCAAACAUCCCGUGUGUACAUCGGCACAAACAAACGUCGCAAAAGUGUCAAAUGUGGUUCAGAUUACCUUCAUAUUACAAAUCAUUGUACAGUUGCGGCUGUGUACGGUUCAGCUCGUUGCAGCUGUGUGCAGUAUCAGUGUCGCUGCCAAGGUAGUAUGCUACUGUUUUGAGGCAUCUUACAUCUUCCGACGCACGCAUCUUUGUUUUGAAAGCAUUUCGAUUCAGCUGAAAAGCGUCAACCGAUCCGUGCGACGCGAAGUUAGAGUACGAUCAUGUGCACACGAUCCUGAGUAAUCAGAGCACGUACGAAAGCGCGAAAGUGUUCGAGCCGAACAAGAGACUGUGCACAUGAAGCGCGACGAGGAACGCGCGCGUAAGAUGUGGAGGGACAUCGGUGUUGCAGCGAUGCAACACGGUCCAAACUCUCUCCACCAUCAUCAGCCAUCGAUGUACGGUGGUCCCGGCAACGGUACGGCACCGACUCUGCCGAACAAUCCACACUGGAAUCAGCCGGGAUACAGGAAUUCCUACAGCUUGCCCCAUCCGACCUCUCAGAAUGGGAUAAUCGAAAGGAAUGGAGGGAGCCGGGGCGGAGUAGAUGGUAGCGGCAAUCGCUACCCGCACUACGAUGUAAAGCCCCUGUCACAGGCUCCAUCCUUUCCGGAGAUCUCGAGUGCCAGCUACAACGGCAAUGGGUACCACCAUCCGCACCUCAAUCAUCAUCCCCAUCACCUACAUCAGCAGCAGUCGCAGCCGCAUCAUCCAGCGGGCCAUCACGGGAUGAAACCCCCGCGACCUCUAUCGAUGUAUGAGCUAGGCAAUGGGCAUCACAAUGGAGGCAGCAGCAGUCCACAAUUGCACUCGCUACCACCGAACUUUGUGCCACACCAGACUCGCAACGGUAGCGGACGGUCACCACCGCCAUUGGUGAUCCAUAACGGCAACCAGCAUGGCAUGGGACCACGAUCACCUGCAGGUCAUGCUGGCGAAGGCGUUGGAGGAGGUCGCGCACUUUUACAACAACCGGAAGAACUGAAAGUCGACCCGGAGCUUAUCUUCACAAAGCAGGAGCGUAUAGGGAAAGGAUCCUUCGGCGAAGUAUUUAAGGGUGUUGACAACCGGACUCAGCAGGUGGUCGCAAUUAAGAUCAUCGAUCUCGAAGAAGCUGAAGAUGAAAUCGAAGACAUUCAACAGGAAAUUAUGGUGCUAUCGCAAUGUGACUCACCAUUUGUCACCAAAUACUUUGGAUCAUAUCUUAAGGGCACCAAGCUAUGGAUCAUCAUGGAAUAUCUCGGCGGUGGAUCCGCCCUAGACCUCAUGAAAGCGGGUCUCUUCGAGGAGAUGCACAUCGCCAUUAUACUGCGCGAGGUGCUCAAAGGUCUGGAUUACCUGCACUCGGAGCGCAAGUUACACAGGGACAUCAAGGCGGCUAACGUGCUGCUCAGCGAGCUGGGAGACGUGAAGCUGGCUGACUUCGGCGUUGCCGGCCAACUCACAAACACUACUUCCAAGCGAAACACCUUCGUUGGAACACCCUUCUGGAUGGCACCGGAAGUGAUAAAGCAGUCCAUGUACGAUUCCAAAGCCGACAUCUGGUCGCUAGGUAUUACCGCAAUCGAGCUGGCGAAAGGUGAACCUCCCAACUCGGAGCUGCAUCCGAUGCGGGUAUUGUUUCUGAUUCCGAAGAACAAUCCACCUCAGCUAACCGGUAGUUAUACGAAGCCAUUCAAAGAUUUUGUCGAAGCGUGCCUAAAUAAAGAUCCAGAAAAUAGACCAACAGCAAAGGAACUGCUAAAGUUUCCUUUCAUUAAGAAAGCGAAGAAAAAUUCUUACCUAAUCGAUUUAAUCGAUCGGUACAAAAAAUGGAAGUCUCAAAAAGGCGAAGAAAGUGAAACAGAAUCAGAAAAUUCGGAUUCUGAGGACUCGAAACAGGAUAGCGAUCUCGAUGAACCGUGGAUAAUGACGGUGAAGGGAUUGAAUUUCAAUAACUUUAAUAAAAAUGUGAUGGAAGACCCGCUUGGAUCACCGGUAAAACACAAUGGUACCAGCAACGUCGGUGGUGUCAGCUCGAACCGUGAUAGGGAUUACAAUUUGAAUCAACAUAAAACAAGUCAGCCACGACCAUCUUCAUCGCCAUCGCAUCAGUCCUCUUCGACGCUGAUUGCAGCCAACAAUGCCACGAAUAACACCAGUAACACCAGUCCAAUCAUUGUGGAUUCGCGCAAGGAGCGCGAGUUGCAAAAUCAAAUCUCCGCUAUGCAGCUGCAGAAGGAAAAGGAAGCGAGCUUAGAACGACAACAGCGAGAUCAUCGCCUGGAGCGCGAGUCAGAAUGGGAAAAGGAUCGCGAAAAGGAGCGAGAACGGGAGCGUGACCGAGAAAGGGAGCGAGAUCGCGAACGCGAACGAGAUCGCGAACGAGAGCGAGAUCGCGAACGAGAGCGUGAGCGUGAACGAGACCGUGAACGUGAUCGUGACCGUGAACGUGAGCGUGAUCGCGACCGUGAACGGGAUCGGGACCAUCGUGAACGGAUAGAUCGCGAUCAUCGAGAAAAGGACCGUGAUAACAAAGAGCGAAAAAUGGUUGCCUCCGACAGCCUGAGCGGAUCGGGGAAUGAGAACGAUAAGCGCAGUAGCAGUUUGCGGCGCGAACGGGAUUCGCCCAGCCACAACACCACAAGCAGCAAUGGCAACUCGCGCACCAACAGUAUUACGAAUGUAAAUAACAACUCCAGCAAAAGCUCGAGUCGAUCGUCCUCCACGACGACGCCAACAACGAUGACAACGUCAACAAACAGUGGCUGUCUUAAGGCAAUUAUUUUCCCUCUUUUAUCUGAGAUGCAGCGAAAUUAUAACAGCGGUUCCGACAUGGGAGACCUACGGCUGGCCUUCGAGAGCGCCGAACGGAGUAGUCCGGGCGUGAGUGAUCUAUUUGUGAAGGAAAUCAUCCACAAGCUUGUGCCCGGUUUCUCCGAGACGCGAAUCAAUACGCUUAUAGAUAAAGUGACACGUGAUUCCAGAGUAAAGCGAUAAAAAAGCGAUAAACAAGGAAUUGGUUUGGGUGUUGUGUUUUGUACCAAGAGUGAAUACUGUGAGUACUGAUCACAUGAUCUUGUUACGGCAGCUGCAAAGUAUUCAGUAUAGUAUGGAUUGGAAAGAACUCUGAGUCGCCUAGAAUACGGUCAUGAACUUACCUGUUCAUAGCGUACCGUUAAUCAAUGUAAUAGUUGGUAUCAAUCAACCAAUUCAAUGUUCUUAUCGCGGUGGUGUACCUAAUCUACAAGAUCGUUCUGGAAUUGUACGACGAGAUCUUUCCGAAGAAAAGGGUUCUUGUUUUGUCUUAGUUUGGUUUUAGUUUAGCGUAUUUAACCGUCAGGGGGUACUAUCCUAACAGUUAAAAUCGGACAUAAACCCUAAUAAAAAAACCCCAUACCUGUAUCGCGGUCGAAUGCAUAGUCGUGUAAUUUUUGUUUGUUUUCGUUAUAAUUUUUGCGCAAUGUUAAUUAAACUAAUGAACAAUAAUAUGUAAAAGAUGAAAUGAAGAAAAUAACGUAUUGAAACUGUAAAACAAUUAGGAUGUUUAAGUGACAAUUCUAAAACUAUGUUACGGUAUCGCAAUAAAAACAAAAAAAAAAGUCUAUGAAACCUAUCGACGCGCAGCGUUCACGAUUUCUAGCGCUUAUUCUAACUUGCAGGACUAUACAGGUGGGUUGAACAAAAUGUUUAACCAGUGAGACGAGACUCUAGUCUGCGAAAAAAUCACAACAAUGCGAUAUGGAUGGUUUAUGACAAUAUGAAGUGUUUUUUGGCAUAUUAGACUAGCCAGUAAGAAUGUGGAGUAAAUUCUUCUCAAAUCAUGAGCUCUAUUGAAAGAAAUGACUUGAAACAAACUAACAAGGACGGACGAUAGUUUGUACAUCACAAUG